UUGAUUCAUGUUCGGGAGGGAAAAGGCAGUAGUUCCGCGUCUGCAAAGCAGGGGUCUCUCUCAGUAACUCCUAAAUAUCAGCUGUUUCGAUAGGAGCCUCUUUAAUUGUUAAUGAUUUCUAAAAAGAAACAAAAGUCGGGAUUAACAAUCCCGGAAGGGAUGAAGGAUCUGCGGCCGUGAGUCGGGGAAGGAGGGAGAAGAGGAAAAACGAAGAAUCAGUAAAAAAAAAUAAAUCAGAGCUUGUUCUUGUGAGAUUAAAUUGUUGACUUCACGGGAGCCCCUCCGAGAUGCCCGAGGUGCGAGACCUGUCCGACGCCCUGCCCGAGCUGCCCCUGGACCCGAUCACCGGCGUGGGAGUGGUGGCGUCCCGGAACCGCGCUCCCACGGGCUAUGACGUCAUUUCACAAACAACAGAUGGCUUAGAUGCCGACCUGUGGAAGGACGGCUUAUUCAAAUCCAAGGUCACACGGUAUCUCUGUUUCACGAGAGCGUUCUCCAAAGAAAACAGCCAUUUAGGUAAUGUGCUGGUCGACAUGAAGCUGAUUGAUAUAAAAGACACCCUGCCAGUGGGCUUCAUUCCUAUUCAGGAGACGGUGGAUACACAGGAGCAGGCUUUCCGGAAAAGGAGGCUGUGUAUAAAGUUUAUUCCUCGGGACUCGACCGAAGCCGCUAUCUGUGACAUCCGAAUUCUUGGGAAAUCUAAACAGGCUCCCCCGCAGUAUACAUUUAUAGGAGAGCUGAACAACAUGGGAAUCUGGUACCGAAUGGGUAGAGUACCGAGGACACAGGAACCUUCUCAACCUCCGACGCCCACCUCUCAAACAGUCACCACUGCGGCCCCCCCAGGGCCCAACCUGCCCAGGCACAUAUCUAUGACGCUUCCUGCUUGUUUCCGGGGCAAGAACAGCACCAGGCCGGACUACGAGCACCAGAACUCCAGCUUGUAUGCCAUAUCCGCAAUGGAUGGCGUGCCUUUCAUGAUUUCCGAAAAAUUUGCCUGUGCGUCCGACGACAUGCAGCAAGUUGAUUUAAUGGGCAUUACGAUCAAAUCCCUGGCAGAAAUAGAGAAAGAAGUGAGUACCGCUGGAACGCUGUGGCACUGAUGCCAUUGUGCUUGAAUGCAAAGCAAAGAUUUUUUGGAAUUAAGUGUCUUAGACAUGUUGAGCCAUCUCUGCUUGACUGCGUCUCGAUUGAAUUAGAUGAGGCUGGAGCUCGAAAGCACUUUUGAGAACUGUGUCACCGCCUGGUGCUCUGGACCUGUUCACAUUCUAAGCGAGAUGAGCUGGUCUUCUUUUAUCUUUAGCAGUAAAUUCCCUUAAAUCUCUCCCCCGCUCGUCCUGUUAAGCAGUGAUAGCGUUUUCUUCUGAGUCGAGAUUUACAUGCUUGUUCACAAAUUUAACCCUUUUUCUACCUCCAGGGUUUAUGUGAGUGUGGAAAGAAAUGUACACGUUAAAUAUCCCAUCCAAAAACUUCAGUUCCAGUCGCACUAAAUUUUUUUAAUAUAUUUUAGGCUUUAAACAAAAAAUAAAUGGGGUUAAGUGGAAAUGUGGCAUAAAUAAUACUGAGGUUUUGUUGUCUGUUUUGUGUCUUUUGUGUCUGGUAUUGCUGGGACGUCUUGGGUUGCGGUACUGCCCGUGUAACAGAAAUGAACUUGUCAGCUGUGUUUGCAGGGAAAGCUUUCCUGCAGCACCGCCUCACAGCUCCCAGUCUGCAGUGAUGAAUGUUAUUUCAGUAAAUGUAAUCUUUAUUUUAUAUAACGCCUUUCAGGACACAUCAGCUCCAGCUGCUUUGCAAUUAAACAAAGCAGAAGUACCAACAUCAGAAACCUGUUCAUUCAGCUUUUAAUAAAUCAAUUAAACACUUAAACAGUAGAGUGUGAAGGUGAGUUUUCAGACAGGAUUUAUGAUUUUAAUGAGUUCUGUGAAAUCCACUUUCUUAACGAGAUGCAGAUCUCAGUUUUCUGUCUUCACGUCUCCAGCGUGCGUGUGCAGUGCCUGUGUCUUUGUGGAAACGCGUUCCGCCGGGUUUCCAGAACAAAGGCUGUAGUGCCGAUGCCGGGAUGUCCGGCUGUGCCUUGCAGGUGUCUUCCUGGUUCGGUGUCUGGGAGCGUUUUGCUCUCCCGGAGCGCGCAGGAGCCAGGCCCUGCGGUUCCUCUCGGAUACGUGGGCUGACAGUGCCGCAGCCCAGCCUCGCUCUCUGAGCUCCGCUUCAGGAUUUCAUGGGGAUCCCGUUGACUCACAGCCCGGAAGACGAGGGCAGUACUUACUUUGUAAACACUGAUCACACAGCAGGCCGCGCAGGGCGGCAUGCAGGAUGGGGACCCCUAGCGAGGCUCCCACAGGCUCCGAGCUCACAUGGGGGCAUCACCCCAAAUCGCAGGCCUGACACCCCAGAAGGCUGGAGUCGCCUGACAGGAUUGGGCCACGUGUUCCCUGCGGCUCUCGGGCUAGCGCUGGUUUUCUGCCUAGAGCGCCUCGUGUUUUCAGAGGGAGUGAAGUUUUCUUGGUUGUGUCUUUCAUAACACGUGAUCCAGGUUUAGGGGAGAAAUUCAGCCAAUUCCACAAGUGUAAUCGUGAGUGUUGGGGUCUCUGGGGACGUAUUUAGGAGGUUGGGGCCUCAGGGGGUGGGCCAUGAGGGGGCUGGGCCUCAGUGGGCAGGUACUCGGCUGGCUGGAUCUCGGGGCGGGUGCAGGAAUUUGGGGCGGGCUGGGCCUCAAGGGUGGGGAUGUCUCUCAGGGGGUGGGGCUUCAGGGUGGAGGCGGGCCAUAAUGGGGUGGGGCUUGGCCUCCAGGGGCGGGGCCUCCGGGCAGUGGCUGUGACCCAAGACGCCAAACACGUUAGUGCGUUUUUGUCAGAAAGCCCACCCACCAGCCCCCGGGCUGACCUGGACAAACAGCUUUUUCUCGGGGUCCAAGCCAUGCGAGGCUCUGUGGGAACGUAUUCAUCUGUUUUAAAGUCUCGUUUAUUUUUCUCCAAGAAGCUGAGUCCUUGAACAUUUUGAGGACCUGGUUCCAGCCAGCUCUGCAUCUUCCUGCCCCUCGUUUUUGCUCUUUUGCUUCAGAGUGUUACUGUUCUUCCUAACAAACGCUACUCUUAAAAAGCUAUUUAUAUUCUUGAAUUAUGUCACGUGUUUGGAGAUAGCACUCCAAUGAGAGGGACAUUUGUCUCAAACCCUAAAUUGGAAGAAUCGUUCUUUUCUCAGUCCCCUGUGGGUUCAGGCACCGCAUUUUAAGAAAGCAUGCUACUUUGCUGAAAGAUUGCAAUGGUCAGGAUAGAGAACAAUACAAAUAGAUCCUCUGUCCCGCCUAAUGCAGUGUGAAUGGAUUAUGAAGAAAAAAAUGGAACAGGAUGGAAGGAAAUAGAGGUAUUCUGCAUGUAGGAAAAGAGUAGUUUUCUAGGGCCUGCCUUUGCCCUUUACUAACAAAAAAAAUCAUUUUCAGAAUUAAAACAAAUGUAGAUACGCUUUCCAAAUCCCUUUCAGUAAAUUGGUUAUGUUAACUUUCUGAACUUCUCAUGUCUCGGGAUGCAUCUAGACUUGAGUUGACAACGUAGAAUCAAAUUCUCCCCAAGAGUCUCCCCCCACCAGUCCACUGCUGGAUUUCCAGUGUGGGAAUAAAAUUCGGUUUUGGGAAGAAGGAGGGAGCCGAGCCAUCAUCCUCCAUGGCAACAGGCUCCAAAUUCGGAAUAGCUAGAGUAAACAGGUUAUACACUAGAUGUUCAUGAGUCCAUCAUGCAGAAAUACCAUGUACAGUAUAUAGACACACAGCAGCUCUGAAUCAGUCUGAAGCAGGCACAGCAGUGUUCCUACAAUCCUUCUAUGUAUAAAGUAGCAUUUAUUUACCGGUGUCCUCAUCAUGGUUUGAGACAAUUCUUAUUAAUGAUUACCUAAGAACUAGAUGGCUGCUGCAAUGAUAUAAUCCUGCUCAGGUCUGUUCAUGGGAAGACCUGCACUAGCGGUGUGGCUCGUGCCAGGGUGUUCUUCUCUGCUGCAGCAUGACCUGAGGCCCGUGAAGGAGACAGUCAGUUUAAACGGGAGCAGGAAUGCUGUGGCUUAGGUCUGCUGCACCAGUGCUUGCCUCUCCAUUUGUACUGCAAGCCCACACUUAGAAUGUACAGAGUAGCACUAGAGGUUGCAGAUGUGGGGUUUGCAUGCUGCCAAGUCCACCUUUGUACAGAUCACAGGCUGUGAGCGUGUGUUAUUAUUGAUGAUUACUUGAAACAAUAUAUACAGUAUGUUGUAAUUUUCUUUACAAUGAGCUAUAGUCAGAUUUUUGAAUGAAGAUCUGCAACACCUAAAUGCAAGUGCAGUGCAGUAAAAAAAAGCGUUUGCUGUGUUGUUGGACGUUUUGCUGAAAUUCAUGGCAAAACAAUACCAGUGGUGAGAUCUGUGCAAGCCACAUUAUUUCUGCAAACGCCAGCGAACAAAAUCUUAAAAACUAUGCUUAGAAUCUUAGGAGUUCAUAAUACCCUCAAAAUAAGUCACGUGACAGGAAUGAAAAUAUGGAAGUAAUUUGCAGUGGCCGAUCAAAGCAAUCCGGCUGUGAAACGAGCUUUACUCCAGUGGUUUAAACUCCUCUCGUGAAAUUCAGGAUUAAUGGGAACUUUUUAUUUAUUAACUUUUCAUCCAAAGUCCUGUAAGUGUGAGAUUUCUGUGGGUGUGGGUAUGAUUCGGGGCACGCAGGGUUAACUGGUAGUGCAGGCAGGUCCUGUUCAGAUAGAAGAGCUUUUGUGAAGAUACCAAGAUAUUACAUCUUUCUAGAAGGCUCUGAUUAGCAGCAGGACAUAACAAGGGCUAGGGAAGUGCCCAGAGUAUCAUUAAUUAUAGCUAUGCUGCAAAUGAUUAAGUAAAUGUGAGGUACAGUAAUGUGCUGGAUUUAGUGAACUGGAGGACAGAGAAGAUUAAUGAAUUCAGAAUGCAGAUUGGGCUGAAGUCACAGCUUCAUUUGAUAAUUACUUUUGUGCUUCAGACUCGGCAUGAAAACAAACCUGCCGUUAACCUUUAACAAUUGAUUUGCUCACACGUUUCCACUAAUUUUGCAGUGCAACACAGAUGUAUUUUUUUCUCUAGGAUUUGAUAUUGACACUUCUAAUCCAUGAGUUUAGGAAACGCUGCUAAGCAGCGUUUUAGUGUCUUACAUUUUUCUGAUUGCAGAGUUCUGCUUGGCUGCCCUGGGCGUGGUUGAAGACGGUUUCAUGCCAUCUCCUUAUUUCAGUGCUCAGUUGUGUAAAUAUCCAACCGAGCCAUGAAGCUCUCACUGUCCAAGCAGCUCAGGACGUUGGGAACCUGGCGUUUCAUGACUGUUUUUGGCACCGUACCCUGUGUCAUCCGUUUCCUCUAGGAACAAAGUGAAAUCAGGGGUGUGACAAUGUGCAACAUGUCCAGUAGGGGUCACCGUUCAACGGUCUCAUUUUUUUCUCUCCAUCUCAGUUUUUUUUGCCUAUUUUUUUCUUGUCAUUGAAGGUUGUUGAAUUGACAGGGUUCAAAAAGGAACACGUCAUGCAGAAUUGAUGUGCACGUGUGUGCAGCUGUAUAUGUGCAUGUUGGUGUAUGUAGAUAUGUGUGUAAGGACUGUGUGUUGGAGGAGAUAACCCUUCAGUAUAAUUAUGCAAUUUUUUAUAAAAGAACAUUUACGAACUGACAUAAUUUUAGCUUUUUUUAGUUGCUGGUUCCAGCAAUUAGGCAUUUUUUUCAUUUCCCAAAUGACUUGAGGAACUCGUCUAGAUUAUAAUUGCUCUUAGCCACGCAUAUCUAAUUUGUGUCUUUUUAAGUGUUAAUUAGUAAACGAUUUGAACUGACAUCUUUAUGUAUUUGUGUUUUGAGAAAUGAGGCUUGUUGCUGGCUGGCUCGGCUGUGACAUCACGACGUCGCAGGUGGAAUGAAUGAAGACGCACGUGUCACGUUUCCAGCGAGUGAGAGACAGGAAAUGAAGUCCUGAUCAUCUCAGCGCGGCUGCCGCCAGAGUUUUAGAUUUCACUGUCCUGUCACAGCCUUGUAAACGGGCAGACAGUGAUGCAUGGCCUGCGUGAUAACAGCCCAUUGCUCUCCCAUCGAUCACUUCUGAUUUUUUUUUAUUUAAUAAUUUAUUUUUUCAAGGUAAUUUCUGUUCUGUUUUUAGAGGGAAAAAAAAGUGCCGGUUGUGACAUGUUUGCACAAGCGCUGGUGCCCCCGGAGGCUGGAGGUGGCUGGGCAGGGCGUGUGAGUGUGAGUGAUCCGCAUGGUGCCUGCGAUUCCCUUGUGUGGUCCUGCAGCCCCACCUAGUGGUGUAGAUGAUGUGUACAUCAGGAGAUGCACUAGAGGUGGAGAGAGACAGGAGUUUUCUGCCAUGUGUACACAUGUACGUUGGAGUUCUUAUUCGCACUGGUCUCUCGGGACAUACACAGUACAGCAGGCGACACCACACAGCGUACUUUAUAAGCAUGAUGAAUAAUAACAGAACAAUAAAGAUGUCAUAGUGAGAGGGGAAAAAAACGUGCAUAGGCCUGAUGUGUAUCGAGUCUGAGGCAUUGCGGUUAGCUGUUGAGAAUGAGUACUGCAGUGGGGCACAAAUAAUGGUUAAAUUAUAGAGAGGACAGCAGGGUAGAUAAUGGUUAAAAAGUGAGGCUGUAUCGAUACUGUAAGUAUGUCUGCCCUGUGCUGCCAGUACUACAAAAGAAAAGCAACCACUGGCUCUAGCAAGCCCAGAGGAAUCACCCUGAGCGUGAGCCGCAUCGUCUUGGUGUUAUAAGUUACUCCUGAGUUUCUUACCUCAAGAGUGACUGUUAAUUAGUACUGUAAAGUUGAUUGGUUUCUUGUUCGUUAUGCUGCUGGACCCUCUUGUUUAUCAUUUUGUUUAUCAGGUUUCGACUUGUUGAAGUCUUCGUAGGUCUUCUGGAUCGGUACCUGCGUGCGCAGUAGUCUUGGGAAUCGGCGUGCGUGUGUGUGUGUGGAUUCCGAGGGGGCUGUGACCUUUGUUGUGUGUGUUUGUGUGUGUGUGUGUCCGCUUGGUUUGAAUCGCUUAUUUUUCCCAUCGUUUUCCAUCACUCUUGGCGAAUCCCCUCCCAUUCCACAAACCUGCUUUUCUGUCCUAAUAUCCUUCUUCGGUCAUUUUGGGUUUGCUUCAUUCCGAAGAACGGAUCAAGAAAAACCGAAGAUACAGCAGUGAUUUUCAUAUUGGUAGUAGUGUUUGUAAAAUCAGUGAAGUUGAAAAGUUUCAAAAUCAAGGCAAAUCUACUGCAAACCUGCUACGUUUUUUUUUUAAAUAGGACAGAAUUACCCAGAAAUAUAACAGCUGAAUGUGCUGCUGCAGAAAUGUGCAUUUUUUUUUAAUUCGCCCAGGACCUCAUCCAAGUUCUGUUUCUGUUUUAAUGAGAACUUUUAGUUCUUUAGAUGGGAUGUUGGGUAGUUUUCAGACUUGGCAUUCUGUUGUUUAAAGCCCCAGUGCACCACUAGGGGAGAGCAUUCAACUCGGGAAUGCCAUACCGCAGUGCACCACUAGGGUGCAGUGUUUACCCAGAAAUGUCUCAUACCGCAAAGCACCACGAGGGGUCACUGUUUACUCUGGAAUGUGUUAUCACAGUGUCUGUCAGAUGUGUAUUUGUGAAUUGAAGUAACAUUUAAUAGGUUUUGUGUUUGGGAAAACCUGUACUCAUUGAAUCUUCAUUUUUCUGUUGUUUUUUUUGUUUCCAAAAUGUUUAAUCACACAGCACUGGUUUCCAGGUUUUAAGUUUUUUUGUGUGCAAACUUUGUGUUCAGAAAGCUGAUGGAAUGUGAUGCUUUCUGAGGUAUACUUUGUGCUGAGUGGCUCUGAAAAACAAAAUUCCCUGCUAACACGAGUAGUACUUUUUUUUGGCACAGCAUUAAAACUAAGGUAGAAGUAAUUAAACGGUCCCCAUAAUGACCAGAUGAAGAGACAUACUUGCUGCUGCUGACGUGUUGUUGAAUGAUCUUGACUGUUUGGUCCGGGGGCAGGGGGGCACGUUCCUGCUGUCUAGCUGGCCUUGUCUGUGCAGAGCUGAGCUCGCAGUCUAACCCUCUCCCCCUCUCCCCCUCUCCCCGCCCUCGCUCU